AUGAAGUCACUCAUAUUCCUCGCGAGCUCCGCACUUACAUUCGCCGCGCCGCAAAAAGCCCCCAGUUUCAGCGGCGCAGCUUUAGUCCCUACUGGCUCUCGGAAUCUCGCCUACGAACAACGCAGCGAUGAGCUGUGCGUCUCUCUGAGCAACGGAUACCUGGGCGAUGCUCGCAAAGGCAUCUACCAAGAGAAUCUGUGCUUCCCAGCUGAUAACUCCAUCAAGUGCAACAUUCCACGCCUGCCCAACCAGUUACGCAGCAAUGUCAGCUCGAUUCGUGUCCCUGUCAAUGAGGUCUGCUCGCUCUACAUUGAAGAUAAUUGCGGUGGCAAGGUCACCCAGUAUUCUCACGCUUCGGAUGGUACCAAUCUCCAAGGCACGUGGUUCGACAAGAAAUAUCGCAGUGUCCACUGCAAGAAGCUGGACAGGCCCCCUCCAGCCGUCAAGUUCUAUACUCCGACUCCGGACGUGCCCAUCUCAGAAAGCGACGCAACCGAGUAGAGCUCGGCUGUCACUGCUGAUGGAAGUGUCCUCCCGUCAGUCGGCACGGAAGUCGAGUAUACCUCGGUGGACAUGUCAAGCAUGAUCAAGCACUGCUCGUCCAGCACAUCGAGCGGUGCCAUAUACUCGACGCUCCCCACGCCCAUCGCUGCCCGAACUGUCGCAGAUAAGCGGAAGACGAAGAAACCCUCGGCUCCGUUCGAGCUCAGCACAAAGGUUUGCCAGUACAAUGUCCCGGUCACCAAAGUGCCAGAUUCCUGCACUUAUUUGGCCCUAGUGCCGUGCUCCGAGACCAAGGCAAUCAAAAAGGCAUCUGGCAUUCGAUCAUUCGACAAAGUGACGCUGGAGGCAUCGGGUACCAGGCCGCUCUCGUUCACUCCGGUGACUUAUGUAAACUGCCCGGGCCGGCCACCAGCUAUCGUUAGCUCCUCCUCAACAGUUGUUCUGACCAAGCCAACCGAGUAUGUCAAUCCUCCAGUCACGGGUUUGCCGCGCGUGAAUUCCAGUGCAUCCACCGCAGAUGGAAAGACUGUGACCACGAUUUUGAAACAUAGCAGCUCUACGGAGCCCAUCACUCUCGAAACGACCAUGACGCUUCCUGGGCCGAGUGUAUCGCUGACUCUUCCCACUUCCACGACUACAGCGGGCUUGGUGACUACCACCUCCUCUGCUGCUGCCACCACAAGCAUUCCAAUGACUACAACCGUCUCCGCGCAGUCAACCGUGAGCCUGGCAUCAUUGGUGGCGAGAGACAGCAGUGAACAUGACGUCUCGGACAGGAAUGCAGCCGACGCCAUGACCGCUGUAGCUCAGAGAGAUGCCGUCAAGGACAAGUGCAAAUGGUCGUAUUCAGGUGCCAUCGACAACUACGAUAUCACCAUGACUGGGGCAGAGGAGGUGCCGUGCGCCACGGCUGCGCUAUGGUCGAGCAAAGGAUAUCCAAAUCCAAUGAAUCCAC